UGCCUCCCCCACAGAAGCUCGUCAUGAAAGAAGUGGGGCAGGGGGAGAGAUGAAGAUCCCAGCCCAGUCAUUCAGUCUGGCACUGCCAUGCUAAGGGAGCCAGGUGUCCAGCUAUGAUCCCCAUCUGCUAGAGCCCGUUGUUCUUUACUGGCUGGUGCCUGGCUCCCAUGUGCAGCCUUUGCCUCAGUAUUUCCAACGUAGAAGGGAAAGUAUGCAAGCACCCAUCACUAGGUGUCAGGCCUCGUCCUUAUUGUCUGCCAGUCACUAUUAUUUCUGAGUGCCUGAGUUGCUGUGUAGAGAAUGGGCGCAGGAAGUGCGAGGAACAUCAGCCAGCUUCCAGUUAAUGGGCAGCCACUGGGUUUGUAAGACUAUUCUGAAUUCAUUUUGCAUUUCAGGAAAUUCAGUCUGGUUGCUGCAGUGAUGAAUCCAUUUGUGAGAUGAGCUCUAGUUGGAGGAGCUUGGUGAAGCAAGGCCAGAGGGAGGAGGAGACAAAUGUGGCUUUGGUAUGGAUCAGUGGAAGACUCCAAGUCCAAGUGCGGCGUCAUAUUGCAGCAGGCACUGAGUUGCUGUACUGGCCUACCGAGGCUCAAGCUGAUCUUGUCCAGGUGGAGGGAAAAAUGCUGCUGAGCACAUUGGAGGGUAUAGCUGUUCCUGUUGAGAAGAAGCCAAAGGGACAACUGGCAGUUGCAGUUGUGACGGAGAUAGCAACGGCAGGAGCAGAGACUGUGGUGCAAAGGGAAGGAGCCUCCCCAUGUGGAAAUGCAUCAGAACCCUUUGCAGGGGAUCCGGAUUACUCCAAGGUGAUGGAGAAUGAAACCAGAGCUGAAGCCAGGAAGCAGCCAGCCAAAUGUUAUCCUGCAGCCCAUGGGAACAGCAGGAAGGAGGAGGAGGAGGAAAGCAUGACUCCUAGACAUGAGUCUGGGGAAGCCAAGGUUCAGAGGAAAGAGAAACAGCAUUGUGAGAGUACCUCAGCAGCUAAGGCUAACAGCAGAUGCAAAGAGGAGUCCAUCAAAGGGAUGGACCCCCAACCCAAGGCUGAGAGAGCAGAUGAGAAACCAAAAGAGGCAGGUCAUGGGAAGCUCCAUCUGCCAUUGUCUGCCUCAAAUGGGGUUCGACUCAGCGCUCGCUUGGCUGGGAAGCCACGCAAAGUGCAUGCAAUGGCAAGCCAGUUCCAGAAGUGUCUGCAGGAGCACAAUGCCAGGGUGUCUGGGCAGGAGGCCAAGAGGCCAAGCACUUUUGAGGGAGGUGGUGCAGAGACACACAAGAAAGUAGGGCAUGUUUCUAAAGGCCAUUCCAAAUUGGAGCCCCUGGAGUACAAGAAGAAUGUCCUGGUUGAUGGUUCUGAUGAACAGGACGAUUACCCAGAGGUAGAAGUCAGUAUUGAACUGGAGGAGGGACCCUCUGGGAGCCUGGGUGCAUCUCAGCAAAAGUCCCUGCCAUGCAGGGAUGAGGCUGGUGAGCGAAGAUAUCGCUGUGGAGAAUGCGGCAAGGCCUUCCUUCAGCUCUGCCAUCUCAAAAAACACCGGUUCACCCACACUGGCUACAAGCCUUUCCUGUGCACUGAAUGUGGCAAGAGCUACAGCUCUGAGGAGAGUUUCAAGGCCCAUGUGCUCUUCCAUCGGGGUGUGCGCCCCUUCCAGUGCAAGCAGUGCGACAAGGCCUAUGGCACCAAGCGGGACCUGAGGGAGCACGAGGUGCUGCACACAGGCGAGCGGCCUUUUGCUUGUGAGGAAUGCGGCAAGACAUUCGCCCGCCGGCCUUCCCUCCGCAUCCACAGGAAGAUCCACCUCGUGAAGGAACUUAACCUAGCCAACCCUAAGGUAUGCAAGUGUGCCAUCUGUGAGCGCUACCUGGCAAAUCCUGGAUCCCUGCGUAACCACAUGCGCCUCCACACGGGGGAGAAGCCCUACAUUUGCCCCUACUGCGGCAAGGACUUCCGGCAGCAGGGCAACCUGCGGGGCCAUCUGCGGCUCCAUACUGGUGAGAAGCCCUACAAGUGUCGCUUCUGUGGGGACGCCUUCCCCCAGCUGCCAGAGCUGCGGCGGCAUCUCAUCUCUCACACUGGGGAGGCCCACCUGUGUACGGUAUGUGGUAAGGCCCUAAAGGACCCGCACACGCUGCGGGCCCAUGAGCGCCUCCAUACCGGCGAGCGCCCUUUCAAGUGUGAGCAGUGCGGCAAGGCCUACACGCUGGCCACGAAGCUGCGCCGGCACCAGAAAUCCCAUUUGGAGGAUAUGCCCUACAAGUGUGAUGUCUGUGGCAUGGGCUACACCCUCCUGCAGAGCCUCAAGCGUCACAAAAUCACACAUAAGGGGGAGAGAGACUCCAUUACGUUUGUGGAGGCUGCGGUCUUGCUAGGCAUGGACACUCCAAAGGCUGCAAGAAAGAGGCUCAAGAGGAAGAUCCCCCAGGAAGGGGGGACUGAGGAGCCUACAGUGCUUAUGGUGCAGUCAGUAGCGAUGCAGGCACCAAUAAAUGAGGCAGAACUUCUGAUGACUACUAAUGGGCAUUACAUUGCCACUUAUCAGCCUUCAGGCAGCCCCCCUGAGCCAGGGGUGAGCAGGGUACUAAGCAGUGCAGCCCCUGCUGGGCACCUGGAAGUGAACAAACCUGAGCCAGGGGGGAGCAGGGUGCUAGGCUGUGCGGCCCCUGCUGGGCACCUGGAAGUGAACAAUGACAUCAUUGAGAUCACUGUCUCUGAGCACGAACACAAAUGCAUCAUCAUGCAGGAUGAGGGCUCCUCCAGUGACGUGGUCAUCAUACAGGAGGGUGUGGGAUUUGGUGCUGUAGCGGAGGUGGUGGAGGUGGAGACAGGGACCUGACACUCAGCAUCUUCCCAACCCCUGCCUGACCUGUUUGACUUCUCUAUAUGUACACAGGAUAUAAAAUCUAUUUUUUAACUUUUGUGUGUUUGUGUCUUUCUGUUCCUUUGGAGACCAGGGCCCCAUGUAGCAGGACGAGGGCCAGCAGUGCUUCUCACCUUUUUCCUAGAGAGGUCAGGAAGGUGUGACAUAAGGCCUAGUCUACACUAGGAAAUUAGGUUGGUGUAAUAGUGUGGCUCAGGAGUGUAGUCAGCCCUAGGCUGAUGGGAGAAUUUUCCUAAUGACCUACUUACUAUCUCUCAGGAGGUGGAUUAUCUUUAUCAAUAGGAGGACCCCUCCCAUCAGCACAGUGGUGACUUCACUGAAGAACUACAGCUGCACCACUGCAGUGUUUUUAAAUGUACACGAGCCCUAAAUAUUGCUCACCAAGUGCACCUCUCUGCUGGAAAUGUGUGUGUAAUGUGUGCUAGGCCUGCUGAAAGGAAAGCUCUGGCUGAUGGUGUGAGACUCUUAUUACAAAGAAAAUCCCACUUGUAACUAUUGCAAAAGAUGGUGCUACUGGUGUCCUGUCCCCAGUCUGCUUAAGGAUUAGAUGAGCUUCAUUGCUCCGCAGUGCUAUGUGGCAAGAGUGAGGGCAAACAAGCAGCUACUGAAUCAGUUUUUAACCUCCCUCCUCUCCUUGGUUUGGCUUUGUUCCACAGUUGCACUACUGUAUUUCAGUUAUUUCUUCCCCUUUCGUCCACUGAGGGUGAUCGUUGAACCAGGCACUACUGAACAGAUGCUGAGCCGGGUACUGCAGGGUUUAUAGAUUUCUCUAGUUUUGAAGAUUACAGUUAGAGCAAACAAAGCUCCAUUCCAUUCCUCGCUACAGGCCACGGCUGGACACUUCUCCA